CCGCAGACCGGAAAGGCAAGGGAGAUUGAGGCCGGAGGGACGCCAUGUUGGUCAAGGGCAGUGCGCUGGCCCUUAAGGACUUCUUCAGAAGCCAGGAAAGCUCUAGCGUUUCCACAUAUUCCGGAAGCCUCUCUUGGCGUAGCACUGGAGAGCUUGCCCAUGGCGCCGCCCCUGGCCCCUCUCCCGGCGGAUGUACCCGGGGAGGCCGGGAGAGGGCCGACGAGAGAAAGCAGCCCCGGGGCCGUGAGCUUCGCGGACGUGGCCGUGUACUUCUCCCCCGAGGAGUGGGGCUGUCUGCGGCCCGCGCAGAGGGCCCUGUACCGGGAUGUGAUGCCGGAGACCUACGGCCUCUUGGGCGCGCUUGGAUUUUCAGGCCCUAAACCCGCUUUUAUUUCUUGGGUGGAAGGAGAGGUGGAGGCGUGGAGCCCGGAGGCCCAGGAUCCAGAGGGUGAGACCCCAGCAGCUGUCACCAGAGACAGGGGUAAGGUAACAGGAUCCAGGGAUGAGAGUGAAGAGAAAGAAGAACUGAAGAAGAGUCCAAAGCAAAAAGAGAUGGAGCAUGAGGAAGUGUCUCUCAAGAAGUGGUUACCAUCCAGCAGGCCAUCUGGUGCCAAUCACAGAGCCUCCUGCCCAGCGCUCUGCUGGAACUCAGGGCAGAGCCCAGUCAAGCCUUGGUUCAAGGACACCACGACCCGCAAAUCACCCUACUCUUGCCCAGACUGUGGCCGCAACUUCAGCUACCCCUCCCUCCUGGCCCACCACAAGCGGGUCCAUUCUGGGGAGCGGCCCUUCCCCUGUGACCAGUGCCAGGCUCGUUUCUCCCAGCGCAAGUACCUGCUCCAGCAUCAGGUCAUCCAUACAGGUGAAAAGCCCUACUCCUGCCCUGACUGUGGACGACGUUUCCGCCAGAGGGGUUCCCUGGCCAUCCAUAGACGGGCUCACAGCGGGGAGAAGCCCUACCCAUGCCCAGACUGCAAAAGUCGCUUCACUUACCCCUACCUGCUAGCCAUCCACCAACGCAAGCACACAGGCAAGAAGCCCUACAGCUGUCCCAGCUGCGGUCUCCGUUUUGCCUACAGCUCCCUGCUGGCUAUCCACAGGCGCACACAUACGGGCGAGAAGCCCUACCCUUGCCCAGACUGUGACCUCCGCUUCACCUACUCAUCUCUCCUCCUCAGUCACCAGCGCAUUCACUCUGACAGCCGGCCCUUCCCCUGUCCACAGUGUGGGAAAGGCUUUAAGCGCAGGUAUGCCUUGGAAGCCCAUCAGUGGGUCCACCGCUCUGGCAAGAGGCUGAGGUGGCGACGGCCUGCAGUAGGGCUCUCGGAGCCGAUCCUUGUUUUGGGAGGCCAGGAUCCCCCAGUUCAUUUCCGGUACUUUCCAGAUAUAUUUCAAGAAUGUGGGUGA